AACCCUUUAGCGAUUGGCAACAAUUUGGACUUUAGCUUGUGCUACAAUACCCAGCUGUGGAAAUCUGCUUUUGGAUUUUUUUGCACCAUUGACUUUGCAAGAUAUUUGUUCUAUGGCUGGGUUUUCCAAGGAGUUGAUGACACAUAUGACAUGAAUCAACCCGCUGAGGUUUUGGAUUCUGUCACCCCAUGGUCUCCGGGGGAGAAAGCUGGACUUGUCCUCUACCAAAGCCCAUUUAUGCAGCUUAAUUCUCCAUAGCCAACAGCGUCAGUGCUUUGGAGGAAAAUGUAUUGUACAAGAAGGAAGCGACUGCAGCUGAGCCGGGUCCUGUUUCUCCUUUCUGGGGUUUUCCUGUGUACCCUCUACCAGCUGACCAUCAGUGCCAGACUGUAUGAGCCUUUGCCAAUGCCUCAGAUUGGAGAGGAUUUUGGAGAGGGUUCAACAGAGGGGGUUGAUGAGACUACAGUAGAGACUCAGGGGCUGGAGGAACCUCUCACUGCAACACAUGAAUUAGAGCCCACAGAUCAAACAACACCAGAGAUGCAUGUGGUGCAUCAUCAAGACACAACAACAGAUUUUAAAGCAUCCACCCCCACUGAAUCUCCACCAUUGCCAACUACAAACAGAACUCUUGUGCAUUGCAUCUAUGUGGCCCCUGAAUCUCCAAAGGAGACACCCACACCAGCUCCAGCUCCUCCUGUAACCACCAUCACUCCAGCCUCUCCUGGUGAAGCUCCACAUAUAAAGGGCGAAUACCCUGAAGAUAUCUUUUCUAUUGAAGACCGCAGACGAGGCUGGGUGAUCCUCCACAUUUUUGGAAUGAUGUACAUGUUCAUUUCACUUGCGAUUGUGUGUGAUGAGUUCUUUGUUCCCGCACUGGGGGUAAUCACAGACAAGUUGGCCAUCUCUGACGAUGUAGCAGGAGCCACCUUCAUGGCUGCUGGAGGUUCUGCUCCUGAGCUUUUCACCUCCUUGAUAGGCAUCUUCAUCGCCCACAGCAAUGUGGGUAUUGGCACAAUUGUUGGUUCAGCAGUUUUCAACAUUUUGUUUGUGAUUGGAAUGUGUGCUUUGUUUUCACGGGAGGUUCUUCACCUAACCUGGUGGCCACUUUUCAGAGACGUAUCCUUCUACAUACUUGACCUCAUCUUACUCAUCAUCUUCUUCUUGGAUAAUGUCAUAAUGUGGUGGGAGAGCAUGAUGCUGGUGACCAGUUACACUCUCUAUGUGAUUUUCAUGAAGUUCAAUGUGCAAAUAGAACAGGCCUUCAAGACCCAACUUUACAAACACAAGAACAUUGUCAAGAUUAUUACUGUGGAGGAACCCGAAAAGACAAGUGGGGACGAUGAAGAUAAUGCCCCUCCUGCACCAGAGGACAAGAAUCGGUUAAAGUUGAAGCCAUCCCUUCAGCGGGGGGGAAGUUCAGCUUCUUUACACAACAGCACUAUGAGAAACACCAUCUUCCAACUUAUGAUCCACACAUUAGACCCUCUCGGAGACAGAAAAUUUAUGGAUAAGGCUGAGACUCUGAAUAAUGUGGCUAGACGGACAGCAGUAACACAAACCCAAGACAAAAGUGAAGAUGAUGGGGGGAAAACUGAGCAGACCAAUGAGCCAGAGGCCACCCCGCCGAAAGAACCAGAGAAGAAAGAGCAGCCAGAGGACGAGAAGGAUGACGUACCUGCAGGAGAGGUUGGGUCAGGAGGGUCAGAAGAUGAUGGCAGUGAUGAAGAUGACAGCGAUGAAGACAGCGAUGAGUUAAGUGAAGAUGAAGAUGAUGAGGAAGAGGAAGAUGAGGAAGAGGAAGAAGAAGAGGAGAAAGAAGAUGAACCUCUUUCUUUGGAGUGGCCUGACACACGACGUAAACAAGCCACCUACCUCUUCCUGCUGCCCAUAAUCUUCCCUCUGUGGCUCACAGUUCCAGAUGUCCGCAACCAGAAAUCUAAAAGAUUCUUUGCAGUCACCUUCUUGGGCUCUAUUCUGUGGAUUGCUGUCUUCUCCUACCUCAUGGUGUGGUGGGCCCAUCAGGUGGGGGAGACCAUCGGUAUCUCAGAGGAGAUAAUGGGCCUUACUAUCCUGGCUGCAGGGACGUCCAUCCCCGACCUCAUUACCAGUGUGAUUGUGGCUCGUAAAGGCCUGGGGGACAUGGCUGUGUCCAGCUCUGUUGGCAGUAACAUCUUCGACAUCACUGUGGGUCUGCCAGUCCCGUGGCUUCUGUACUCAUCCUUACAUGGUUUGGCUCCAGUGGCUGUCAGCAGCAAUGGGCUCUUCUGUGCUAUCGUGCUGCUCUUCAUCAUGCUCAUCUUUGUCAUCGUCUCCAUUGCAUCCUGUAAGUGGAAGAUGAACAAGGCACUGGGUUCCACCAUGUUCCUGCUCUACUUUAUCUUCCUGGUGCUUAGCGUGAUGCUGGAGGAUCGCAUCAUUGUCUGCCCUGUUUCCAUCUGAACGUGUGAACAUAAACCCUCUCUACAGCCAGGAUUCUCUUCUUGUGUCCUGAAGCAGAACUGUUAACCCAUACAUGUGUGGACCUCAUGAACAUGGGUCUUGAUAUCUGUAGAAACUGUGCAGAAAGCUACAGUAGUUGCUCUGCAUUGCUGCCAGUGGCAUGUGUCCUGAGUGUCAGAAGCAAUACACAUACUACAACAUUUUCUAGAACUUGUUAUAUACUCACCUUUAGCAACGAUGGCAGCUUUUAUAUUCAAGUUUUGAUUACACCAGGAGAUGCAAGAACUACUGUCUAAUAUAGUGUAGGUUGUGAAGUAAAAGAAUGAAUACUAACAGGGAUAUUCAAAUGUUUUCACUGUUUACACUGUAUACUGCAUCUACAGAAUGGAAUUAUAAAUCCUGAAUAUGUGCACAAUUUGGAACAUUUGUGAGGUUUUUAAAUGUGAAUUUUGUAUAAUAUGUAAGUAUACACUUCCGCCAAUGACGUUUUGUUUUCUUGAGAACCUGACC